UAAACACGCAAAGCGAGUUCGUCGUCGUCGGUCGGAGCUGUCAGAAGUGCGUGGUUUUCAUCUCUAGCAGUGUUCUUCCGCUGUUCGCUAGUGUUGCGUGAAGUGUUUUUGGACUUUGAUUCUUAUAAAUCGUGACAUUAUUCAUCGAAAACUACCAGCGCAGCGAAAUUGCAUUCAGAGCCAACUCCAGCCCGACAAAAAUCAGCCAAAAUUGAGAACAACAAGGGCAAACCCGGCACGGGAAAGUCCUCCAAGAGUAAACAGCAGCAGCAGGUGAGCGCCAUGAAGCCCACCCUCGUAGCCGACGAAAUGUUCCCGGAAGGGCCGGGUCCGUUCAUGGAUUUGGAAGAGGCUGGUGGUUCCACUGGAUUGCUGAUGGACUUGGCUGCCAAUGAGAAGGAUGUCCAUGCAGAUUUUUACAAUGACUUUGAGGAUCUCUUCGACGAGGAUGAGGAAAACCUGGUGUAAAACACUAGUCAUGUAACUGAAUAUAGAAAUACUGUUCAAAACAUAA